AUGAACUGGUCACGUGUAUAACACGUGCUGCUGAAUUAUCAUUCCACGUGGUUUCACACAACAAUCCUCACGUUGUCUGAUGAGGUUACAUUUACUUCUGCAAGCAUCUGCAAGCAGAAUCAAGGAAUUGAGUAUUUCGAUCCUAGCAACCACUUUGGCGACCGUAGCCGUGCCGCAAAUGCCAAUUUUAGCAAUGUCGUAUCGAGACUCCUACAUCAGCGCUUAUCAAUUCAAAUCUCCCAUGAUAAAUUUUACUUCACACAUCUAUCGACACGCUCUUACCAAACGAAGAAAAGCAAAAUGAACAAAUCGAAAAGAUGUUGUGAUACUUUCCUGACAAUCAUCUGCUGUCCUGUCUUCAUGGCGAUGUUUUGCAUCAAAAUCAUGACGCCUCGGAGAAAGCCCACACCGAUAGCUCCCCCUGACCCUCUUAAGACUAGAUUGAAUAGCAGCGUUCUUACGUUGCCUUUCCCACGAGAGAACGUUGGACAAGGACGCAAAACAAGUGCUCAAUCCCAAAGUUUACUUUUAUCAUCCUUGCCAAUCGAAAUUCGAAUGUUGAUAUGGGAAGUCUGCAUUGGAGGGAAUACUUUCCAUCUUAGUCUUUUUCGUUUCGGCCGUCGAGGGCGUCAUAGUCGCUUCACACAUCGAUUGUGCCUCCGUGAAGGUCCAGAACUUCCUUUGAAAUUACACAACUAUUGUUACCAUAAUGAUAGGCGAUUCUGUUGUACAGAUAAAGUUAAAGCGCUUUCUUUGAUUGUGACCUGCCGACAGAUAUAUUCGGAGACUAUCAGCAUCCUUUAUUCAACCAACGUCUUUCGUACGCAAAAUUUCUGCGCGCAACAUCUGCAAAAGACUCUACUCCCUCAGCGCUAUAAUUGCAUACGCGUGUUGCAUCUCGAGAAUGUCACUAGGGUCACAGAAGCCUUCGUCGAAGAUCCCAAGCAUCGGAAUGAGACUCUAAAAGAGUGGACAGACACUUGGAAAGCUUUAGCAGGUUUACCAGGACUGCAAAUCCUUCACGUACAACUCUUCUAUUGGUCUCGAGAGUGGUGGAUGAUGCUCACAGACGAUCAAAAAUCUGUCAUUCUACAGCCAAUUUUCAGCGUAACACAACCUCGUGAAUUCGAGAUAUACCUACCAUGCGUAGUACCUCUUGAAGAUAGUAUUUGGAGCGCACUCCCUUUUUUGAAGCAUAUUACUCCUUACGCUUACGAUCAACUAUGCUCUAUGACCGUGUAGCAGCACAAUCCGUGGUUGAUAAAGUGAUUGCUUCAUUAAGUAAGAUUUCAAUAAAAUUUUCAAUAAUUAAUAUUGUAUUGUGAAAAUCGAUCUUAAUAUAUUAAUUGAAUUAAUCUUAUCUUUAUAUAUAAUGAAAGGAUUUUAAUUUAAAUGGAUUUGAA